CUGACCUAUUUGCUUGUCACCAGCUCACCAUGGCCAAACAGCUGCAGGCCCGAAGACUCAAUGGGAUCGACCACAAUCCCUGGGUGGAAUUUGUCAAACUCUCCAGUGAGCCUGGCUUUGUGAACUUGGGGCAGGGAUUCCCUGACUUCGCACCCCCAGACUUCGCUUUGGAAGCCUUUCGGCGUGCUGUCAGCGGGGACUUCAUGCUCAACCAGUACACCAAGCCAUUUGGUUACCCACCACUGAAAGAGAUCCUGGCAAGUUUCUUUGGGAAGCUGCUGGGCCAGGAAGUGGACCCACACAAGAACGUGCUGGUGACUGUGGGAGCCUAUGGGUCCCUGUUCACAUCCUUCCAGGCCCUGGUGGAUGACGGUGAUGAGGUCAUCAUCAUUGAACCCGCUUUUGACUGUUAUGAGCCCAUGACGUUGAUGGCAGGGGGUCACCCUGUAUUUGUGUCCCUGAAGCCGGUGUUCUCCAGGGAGGAGCUGGAGCUGGUGGCCAGCCUGUGCCAGCAGCACGGUGUGGUGUGCAUCAGUGAUGAGGUCUACCAGUGGGUGGUUUAUGACGGCCAUGAGCACGUCAGCAUCGCCAGCCUCCCUGGCAUGUGGGAACGGACCCUGACCAUUGGCAGUGCUGGCAAGACCUUUAGCGCCACUGGCUGGAAGGUGGGUUGGGUCCUGGGUCCAGAUACCAUCAUGAAGCACUUGCGGACUGUACACCAGAACUCUAUCUUCCACUGCCCCACACAGGGCCAGGCUGCAGUAGCCUGGAGCUUUGAGCGGGAGCAGGUGCACUUCGGCCAACCCAAUAGCUACUUUGUGGAGCUCCCGCAGGCCAUGCAGCGCAGGCGUGACAACAUGAUCCGCAGCCUGCAAUCAGUGGGCCUGAAGCCCAUAAUCCCCCAGGGCAGCUACUUCCUCAUCACAGACAUCUCGGACUUCAAGAGAAGGAUGCCUGACUUGCCUGGCACUGCAGAUGAGCCCUACGACAGCCGCUUUGUCAAGUGGAUGAUCAAGAAUAAGGGCUUGGCGUCCAUCCCUGUGUCCAUCUUCUACAGCGAACCUCAUCGGAAGCUCUUUGACCACUAUAUCCGCUUCUGUUUUGUGAAGGAUGAAUCCACGCUCCAGGCCAUGGAUGAGAAGCUGCAGAAGUGGAAGGCUGAACUCAAGCCCUGAUGCCACCUCCUGGGCCCUGACCCUUCUAGUCCCUACACACUCUUGUCUCUUUCUAGGUCAGGGGAAGAUGGUGCCAGGAGAUUCCUUCUCUGUGACAGAAUGGGAAGUCAGGUGUCCCCUCCCCACAGUGCCGAUACUCCUGUCCCCAAGGUGAAGGAGGCCUGACCUGACCUCUUCCUGCCCCUCUGUGGGUCAAGUCACAGGGCCUUGGGUUGCUUCUGGUCUUCCCAGUGUGGCUGGACUGACAGGGCAGAGUCCCUCAGUGUGUCCAGCCUCAUGUUGCCAGCCUUGCAUGCCCUAGCUAAGGCUCAGGCGUAACCUCUGCCUGUCCUAUCUAAUCUUGACCUUGGGAAGUUGCGUUUAGUCUUGAUUCCUCAAGCCACUCAUUUCUACCCAUAAUAAAAUUUUAAGUUACU